AUGCAUCUAAAUGGCCAAAGGUUUAUUAAGGACUUGAUCAGAAGCAGGAAACCAGAUAUAGUAAUUCUUGUGGAGACUCGAUGCCAAUUUGCCCAGGCUAGCCAAUUAUGGAGCUCCAUGGGCUUCACUCCCUCCUUCAUCUCGGAAGCUUCCGGAUUUCGAGGUGGCAUAUGGGUCCUUACAAGAAUAGGAGGGUACCUACACUUCAGAGAACUGGACACUCAUCACCAAGUAGUAUCCUUCGAGAUGUGGAGGGACAAUUUUGCGUGGGCUUGCAGUGCGGUUUACGCCUCCCCCGUUCCUUCUGAGAGAGAAGAGCUAUGGCAGCAUCUCAUUUACCUACGCAGCACUAUAAACGUCCCUUGGUUCAUCAUUGGGGACCUAAAUGAGGUUCUUCACCCCUCAAAGGUUCGUGGCGGCGAAUUCAUUGCUAGCAGGGCCUCAAAGUUUGCUGAUACUGUUGAGGCUUGUGGCUUGGUCGACUUGGGCAUGGUUGGCGGUAAUUUCACUUGGUUUCAGAAGAGAAAUAACCAGCUAACUCUUUCCAAGCGGCUGGAUAGAGCCCUGGGUGACGUUGAGUGGAGAAUAGCGUUCCCGGAGGCCUAUGUAGAGGCCUUAAACCGCAUCCAUUUAGACCAUUGUCCCUUGUUGGUACACUGCUGCGUGACAAUGAAUGGCAACGGUGAACGUCCUUUUAGAUACAUGGGUGCCUGGGCCGAUCACCCGGACUACAAGAACGUGGUGGAGAUGGCGUGGCGCCGCGUUAGGGGUGACUCAAAAAAUUUCAACCAGGAGGUCUUUGGCAACAUAUUCCGUCGUAAAAGAAGGGUGGAAGGUAGGCUAAGAUGA